AUGGUUCUGGACCCGGGCGGCGGCCCCGGGGACGAGGGCGCGGCCGACGACGACGUCGCCCGGGACUCCGCCCCGCCCCUCCGGGCGUCGGCCGCGACCGCCCGGCGCCUCAGCGGCCCUCCCGACGGGGCCCGCGGGGCGGGGCCGGGGGCUGGGUCGGCGACGCCCCCCUGGCGGGCCCCGGGCUGGACCCCGCGCCCGCCCGCCCGGAGCCUGACCAGCCCGAGCCUGACGCCGGGCGGCUGCCGGAUCCGCCGGAGCGAGAGCGCCCGCGCCGUCAACCGCGGCGGGGCGGGGCGGGGCCGCAUCCGCCCGGCCGCCUCCCUCCCCCACAUCGCCCGGGCCCCGCCCCCGGCCCCGCCCGCCCGCGGGCCCUGCCUGUUGGUCGCCCUCCGGCCCGUCAACAUGGACGAGGAGCGCGAGGCCUUCUUCCGCUCCGGCUACCGCUACGAGCCGCAGUUCCGCUACGCGGCGCCCGAGCAGCUGGAGGGCGUCCUGGAGAAGUACAAGGAGGGAUCCGACCUCUUCCUCGCACAGGCGGUGGGUAUCAUGGACUGCGUCCUGCGGAAGUUCGGGACGUACGAGAGCUUCGAGGAGGCGACGGGCGGCGCCCUCCUGCCGAAAAGCCGCGUCUGGGCGGCGGCCAGGAAGUACCUGCAGAAGGAGGGGUGCGUCGGGGAGGUGGUGGUGUGCCUGUCGGAGGAGCUCCUCUCCCAGGCGGUGAUGAUGGUGGAGAGCUGCCGGCCGACGCUAACCAUUAACCUAGCCGGGGCGCGGCAGCACUGGCUGGAGGGAAUGCUCCGGCACGAGAUAGGUACCCACUACCUCCGCGGCGUCAACAACAGCCUCCAGCCCUGGUCGACGCCGGCGGGCCGCAAGCUCUUCUCCCUCCGGCCGGCCAACCCCACCGAGGAGGGCCUGGCCAGCCUCCACAGCGUGCUGCUGCGCAGGCAGCCCCACCUGUGGCGGGCCGCGCUCCUAUACUAUACCGUGCACCGGGCGGCGGGGGCCAGCUUCAGCCAGCUGUUCGCGCACAUCGGGAGGUUCGUCCGCGACCCCGCCGUGCGGUGGGAGUACUGCCUCCGGGCCAAGCGGGGCCAGACCGACACGUCCAGGCCAGGGUGUUUCAGUAAGGACCAGGUGUACCUGGACGGGAUCCUGAGGAUCCUUCGCCACCGGAGGGAGAUCGACUUCAAGAUGCUGGCGAGUCUGGGGAAGGUGUCCUACGAGGACGUGGAGCGGCUCCGCCCCCUGGCGGUCCUCCAGCGGACCAGAAUCCCCCACUUCAUGCGGGACCAGCGGCGGUACCUGGAGCAGCUGGACCACAUCGUGGCGGUCAACGAGAUCGACGAGGAGGGGCUGCGCGAGCUCGUGCCCUGAG